CCUCACUACAGCGCGUGCGCGACUUCAAGGUGAAUAAGAUGGAUGUAGCUCGUUGUAGCUUUGAAUAAAUUCGCUCUGUAUAAACGCCGGUACGGUUGCACACAUAUCACUGGAUAGAAGUUUAAGGUCUCUGUGAGUCCUUGUUCCGCCUCAGGAUGCAGCGUGAGCCUCAGUAACGCAGCCAUCUACACCCAACUGUAAUGUGAGUUACUUUAGAGCUCAGCUACAAACAGAGUGGUGACGUUAGUUUAAGUGUCGGUGAGUUCUGCUGGAGGACAGAUACAUGCUCAUCCCUAAACGUUAUCGCCACAACACUGCAGGAACACAGGCAGCCCAGGAUGGCCCGGGUGCUGUGCAGAGCGCGGCUGGUCUCGUACCUGCCAGGGCUCCAUGUGUUGGUGCACCGUGUGUGUGCAGCCAGAGCCUCCUCUGCUGCGGGAUCCUCGGGCUCUGAUGUAGCCAUCCAUCCCCCCGACAUGGGACUGCAGACAGUGUGGCCUGAUGAGAGCAUGGGGCCAUUUGGGCCCCAGGACCAGCGCUUUCUGCUGCCUGGUAACGUUGGCUUUGUCUGCCAGCUGGAAGGCUUAUCGGAGCAGAGGAAGAGCCUGGCACACAGGGUGGUCCCUGACGUGCUGUCGUCCACGUCCAGCAGUGAGAGACAUGACUUCAUUCUGGCCCAAUUCAUCGGAGACUUCUCUGACAAAGAGGACACAGCUGGUGUAGGUAGAGCAGAGCAGUACUUCGACAGUUCCAGUCUGGAGUGUGCGAUACAGUCCUGCCCUCAACUACUAAAAAAAGAUUUCCAGUCCAUGUUUCCUGAGGCUCCAUCCACUGGUAUGAUGGUGGUCACAGUGACCCAGAAGACCGACAACGAUAUGACAUCAUGGAGUGCAGAGGUGGAACAGGAAAGGGAGCAGACCCUUAACAAAUUUGUUGAAGGAGCGAAGGAGAUCUGCUACGCUCUGCAGAGAGAAGGAUUCUGGGCUGACUUUAUCGAGCCGUCCUCUGGCCUGGCGUUCUUUGGCUCGUACACCAACAACACACUGUUUGAGACGGAUGACCGGUACCGUCACCUGGGCUUUCAGAUCGAGGACCUAGGCUGCUGCAGAGUGAUCCGACACUCUCUGUGGGGGACGCAUGUUUUUGUGGGGACAAUAUUCACCGACGCACCACCCAGCAGCCUUAUUAUGAAGAAAUUGCAGGGCAGCUAAACACAAUUCAGGCAUACUGGGCUGCCAUUAAAACUCUGUAAACAUCCAGUGUAGGAACUGUUUGAUGAUUUCUUUACUCUUUACUUUAGUUUAUCAUUUUAGCAAAAAAAACAACUUAAACUGACUCCUGUGUUUUAAUCUGUGCAACAUUUAUGUAUAAUCGUCAGAUGAUUUUGAUUCAUAUUUAUAGAUUACAGUCCCUUGGGAUGAGAAGCUGCUGUCGACAUAUUAAAGUGUUUCCGGAACAAGAGCUUGUUGGAUCAAAUCACUGACCAACUCUCAACCUGUCUUCACUACUAAUGAGAUUUUAUUGUCUCAACUAUCAUUCGAUGUUUCUUGGAAGCCAAAGACUCGCUGCUAAUAAUUCCUGAAAUUGAACUUUUAUUGUACCUGCAAUGUACAAAGUUAAAAAUUGAAAGAGGCCUAAUUCUUUUUUUUGCGGUGUUCCCUCUCUGUAAGUUUUUUUCUAAUGUCUGCAAAGGUUUAAAUGUGUUCCCUCCAGAA